CUAAACUGAAAGGGAUUACAAAUAAGAAUUCCAUUGGAGUUUUUAAUCAAAGCAGUUAAAAAAUCAAAUUUGUCGCCCUCACCUGCUUAAUGGCCGCCGUCAGCGCUGGUAUAGUUCCAGCUGCUUCUAUCUCAUACGCUGCGCCAACGUACUAUACCGCUCCCGUGGCACACUCUGCGGCUCCUCUUACAAAGUUUGCCUACAGCAGCCCUGUAGCCUAUGCCGCCCCUGUUGCAAAAGUGACCGCAGUCGCUCCCGUGGCAAAACUCGCCGUUGAGGAAUACGAUGCUCAUCCUCAAUACAGUUUUGCUUACGACGUACAAGACGGUCUCACUGGAGACUCUAAGAGCCAGCACGAAACCCGUGACGGUGAUGUCGUCCAGGGCUCGUACUCCGUUGUUGAUCCCGAUGGCACCAAGCGUACUGUGGACUACACAGCUGACCCCCACAAUGGUUUUAACGCGGUUGUACGCAAAGAGGCUCUCAGUGUGAAGGUAGCAGCUCCAGUCGUCGCUAAAGUUGCCGCCCCCGUUGCCUACGCUGCUCCCGUCGCUAAGCUCGCCCCCGUCGUGCACGCCGCCCCCGUUACUUACGCAGCUGCCCCUGUUGUACACGCACCUGUGGCUUACUCUGCUCCUUUCUACCACCACUAG